GUCCGUAGAGGGAAAUAGAGAGGAAGCAAGUCAGGAAGUGUUGGUGAAGGGGGAGAGAAAGAGAGCGAGAGGAGGAGGAGGAGUAGUAGAGGUGGUCGUGUCGAUGAUGGAAGAGAUGAUGGUGUAGUUUUUGGUUGUAUGUAGUAGUAGCCAUGAAGGAGGGGUUGUUUUUACGGGUAAUGGUUGUUGUUCGGAAGGUAUGUACAAAUGGAGAGGGCUAUGUCGGGGAUCAGCUGGAGUGAUGAUUGAUUGAGUGGAGAGGGAGUGGCGGUAGAUAUGGGGAUGGAGUGGAAUGGGGUUCGUAUGUCAUCAUUAGAAUCCAAGAGUGGAGAGUAGUUUACCUGGAGCAGCAGCGUUGUGCUCUUGCGCAUCCUGGCGAUGGACAUUUGUGUUUGAGUAGUAGAGGUGGAGGCGUUGCUGUUGUUGUUGUCGUGGUUGUUGUGUGGUAGUGGUAGUAGUGUGACUCUGUAGUGGCUAUGGUGGGUCUAUUGCUGAUGGUUUUUGUGUUGCGUCAGGCCGGCGUCACGGUCGUGUAGCAUCGAGGGCGACGAAAGGUGAAUGAACAAAGGGUGUGAUUGUGUAUAGGCAUCCACAUAUUCUCGGCUGUGGAAGUUGGGAACAGGGAUGCCUUGUGUGCGAUUCAACUCGUGGUAUAGAAGAAGAAGAAGAGGAGCUUGAAGGUUGUCAAGAAAAGGGUAGGGUGUUGCUGCAGCAGCAGUAGCAGCAGGAGCAUCAGUAGCAGCUUGAGAGGACGAGGACCUAGGAGGAACAGAAGCUCUUGCGUGGUCUGUGAGGAGAAUUCUUUGUUAGGGGUUGGAAGCUUCUAGGUUGGGCACGUAGUAGUGCGUUCUUUGUGUCUUGUCAACUGGGGUUUCAGUCGUAUGAGUUGAACACGGGCUGUCGUCACCAACCAGCAAUUCGCAACCGGGCCUGCUCACGACAGAAAUUGAUUACGGGCUUCAAGAGUUCGGGGAAGCUUAAGAGGUUGUCCAAGAUUUUUGCAAGGGUCUCAAAGAAUUUCAGGAGUUGACUUGUGUCCAACCUGAGGAUUUGGAGGUUGAGGAGGCUGCUUGUUAUGAGGACAGGCCGCUGAGACAGGAAACAUACGACUGAACGGUGGUUAGAAAGUCCGUAUUAAGUGGAAUAUUUGAGAUGUAGGGGGUGAUAUGCUUCGAGCUGUGCAGUUUCUAUGAUGAGCGAAUCUGCUAGUUGAUAUGCGGUACUAGAAGAAUCGAGUCAAAGAGUGCUUGCUGCUGAAGAAACUUGAAGCUGAUGUUUCAUUGCAGAUGAGUUUGCUGAUAUUACAACUCCACUGCAACCUCUCGAACUUCACAUGACAGAAACGUGGAAGGACCAAACGAUGGAUGCGUCAGGAAAAUACGUGCGUUACACCCAGGAGCAAGUGGAAGCCUUGGAGCGGGUUUACCAUGAGUGCCCCAAGCCUAGCUCUAUCCGACGCCAUCAGCUGAUCAAAGAGAGCCCUAUUCUGGCAAAUAUUGAGCCCAAGCAGAUUAAAGUUUGGUUUCAAAAUCGACGAUGCCGGGAGAAGCAGCGGAAAGAAGCAACAAGGUUGGUCAGUGUUAACGCAAAACUAACAGCUCUUAACAAGCUCUUGAUGGAAGAGAAUGAGCGUCUAGCGAAACAUACCUCGCAGCUCACGCUGGAGAAUCAUGCCCUUCGUCAGCAGAUUCCUAAUCUGCCUUUCCCCGAUGGAAGGCAUCGUCUCCCAUCACAGAUUUUGCAGAGUCCCCUCAAAAAAGAAGGAGCAGUCAAUGGUGGAGAUGAGAGCUCUACUCAAGGCGGUAUUUGUGUAAAGGUGCACGGGCAGGCUGGUAUAGCCUCCACAGAUACUAGCUGCGAUUCUGCUGUCACUGGUGGUCUACCACAUCGUCUCACUCCUCAGCAUUCUCCUCGCGAUUCCAGUCCUGCGGGAUUGUUAGCUACCGCUGAGGAGACGCUGACAGAAUUCCUGGCUAAAGCCACAGGAACGGCGGUGGAUUGGAUUCAGUUACCUGGUAUGAAGCCUGGUCCGGAUGCCAUUGGCAUUAUUGCUAUAUCCCACGGUUGCGUUGGUAUAGCUGCUCGAGCUUGCGGCCUAGUGGCCCUCGAUAUUAGUAAGGUAACAGAAGUUCUCAAAGAUCGUCCACGUUGGUUACAAGACUGUCGACGAAUGGAGAUUCUCGGGGCUCUCCCCACAGGAAAUGGAGGGACUAUAGAGCUGUUGUACACUCAGAUGUACGCACCGACUACUUUGGCACCUGCACGGGAUUACUGUACUUUGAGAUACACUACAAUUUUGGAAGAUGGAAACGUGGUGAUAUGUGAGCGGUCACUAAGUGGUGUUCAGGGUGGACCUACAAUGCCACCCGUCCAAUCUUUUGUUAGAGGAGAGAUGUAUCCAAGUGGUUACCUGAUCCGGCCGUGUGAUGGCGGCGGUUGUAUCAUUCACGUCGUGGAUCAUUAUAAUAACGAGCCUUGGAGUGUACCGGAGGUAUUGCGUCCUUUGUAUGAAUCGCCAGCUGUUCUCUCGCAAAAGUCUACUCUGGCGGCAUUACGGCAUCUAAGGAGGCUAGCUGCAGAAGAAAGCGGCGAGGGAGUUCCGCGGAAUGGUCAGCAUCCAGCAGUGCUGCGCACACUAUGCCAGCGACUAACCAAGGGCUUCAACAAUGCGGUCAAUGGAUUUCCAGAUGAUGGCUGGGAGGCUACGAUUAGCGAUGGCCUAGAUGACGUCAGUGUGAUGCUCAAUGCAACUCCCAAAUCUAUGGAGGGGCAGAUUGCAUCGGAUAAGCUGCUAUACUCUUUGGGUGGAGGCAUACUUUGCGCAAAAGCUUCCAUGUUAUUACAAAAUGUCCCAUCAUCACUGUUAAUCAGAUUCUUGAGAGAGCACAGGUCAGAAUGGGCGGACUAUGAUAUAGAUGCAAAUGUGGCCUCUUUUCGUAGCAAUGGCAACGGCUAUGUUCCUAGAUGUGGUGGGGUGUCUCAUGUUCAGUUGCCUCUACCUUUGGCCUAUUCUGGAGAAUCUGGAGAGAUAUUGGAGGUUGUGAAAGUGGAAGGCCACAGCUCAGUGCAACAUAUGGUUCUGUCUCGAGAUACUUUCCUGCUUCAGCUAUGUAGCGGAGUCGAUGAGAGUGCAGUUGGGGCUUGUGCGCAAUUAGUUUUUGCUCCGGUGGAUGUUGCUCUGGCUGAUGACAUCCCUCUUCUUCCGUCAGGUUUUUGUGUUAGUCCCAUCGACACAAAUGUUGUGGAUGGUUUUGGUCUUGAUCGCACGCUUGAUCUAGCUUCUACUCUAGAGGGUGGAAAUGAUUUACGCUUGAAUGGUGAUGCGAAAUCAAGUAAUAGCCCCGGUCAGAUGCGGUCUGUUUUGACGAUUGCCUUUCAAUUUGCGUACGAGGUGCACACCCGUGAAACUGUUGCAGCUAUGGCUCGUCAAUAUGUACGCAAUGUAGUGGCAUCAGUUCAGCAGGUAGCGAUGGCGUUAGCUCCCUCUCGAGGAGCACCUCCUCCUCGCCAAGUACCUAGUAAUCCAGACGCGCUUUCUUUAGUACGCCAUGUUCUGAGCAGUUAUAGAUUUCACAUGGGUAUAGAUCUAAUAAGACCAGAAAAUGGGAGUGAUGAAGCUCUGUUUAAAGCUUUCUGGCAUCACACAGAUGCCAUCGUGUGCUGUGCAUUGAAGGGAAUACCAGAGUUUGUGUUUGCCAAUCGAUCAGGCCUUGAAAUGUUCGAAACUGCGACAGCUAGCUCCCUGAAAGAUUUAGAUUGGGAAAAGACUCUCAACGAGAACGACCGCAAGUUAUCAUAUGCCACGUUUACUCAUGUUUUGCAACAGGGUUACUGCUCUCUUCCUGCAGGAGUGCGCAUGUCCAGCACAGGUCGAACUGCAACCUACGAGCAAGCCCUGGCAUGGAAAGUUCUAAACGACAGUGAGGCAGUCGAGUGCAUUGCCUUCCUCUUUAUCAAUUGGUCCUUGGCUACUUGAUCCAGGAACUCUCAACUUUAUCUUGUUUAGCAACUUGUUGCUGGACAGCGAAGUCGCUUUUCUCUAUUUUUGUUCUGCAUUUGAUGCGAGAGAGUAGGUACCCAUAUUCCAGGCUGGUGAGGUGAGCGUGUUGCCAACGUCAUGCAAACUUUAUUCCAGCUGUUUUUAUUUUUUAUUUUUAUUUUUCAAAUCGAAUUUAGCUGAAGCAGACUGACUGGAUUCAGGGUGGACUGGACUCGCUUUUGCUAUUUAUGAAGCUUUAGAGUUUUUGGUGUUGCGUACUGUGCUCUCAUGGUCCUAUCGGAAGCUUUACAUGUUGGGUUUGCCGUUCACGUUUGAUGCUAGUAUGGGCACCAUAUUGGAUCAUCAGCAUGAACUCCAGUUUUGUAGUUCAAAUAGACUGCUCUGAACCCAGCAAAUUCGCGUCUGACGAAGAUUUUGGCAUCAGUUCUUGUAAGUUUAGAGUAGAAUGCAAAUGAUCCUGGCAGCUGUCAGCCGUAAAUUCCUGUAAAGCAAUUUAUGUAACUGCAAGUUUUUUAUGACUGAGGAAAUGCUAAACUUGAAGUCUCGAGGUA